GUGGGCGACGGCGGCUGCGGCAAGACCUCGCUGCUAAUGGCCCACAGCCAGGGCGUCUUCCCCGAGCGCUAUGUCCCGACCGUGUUCGAGAAGUACACGGCCAGCGUGAUGGUGGACAGCCAGGAGGUGACCCUGAACCUCUACGACACCGCGGGGCAGGAGGACUACGACCGGCUGCGGCCCCUGUCCUACCAGGGCGCCCAGCUGGUCCUCAUCUGCUAUGACGUCACGAACCCCACCAGCUAUGACAACGUCCUGGUCAAGUGGUUCCCCGAGGUUGCGCACUUCUGCAGAGGGGCCCCCGUGGUGCUCAUCGGCUGCAAGACGGACCUGCGCACCGACGCGGAGCAGCUGCGCAGGCUGCAGGCCGCGCGGCUGCAGCCAGUCACCCCCGCGCAGGGCCACAGCGCCCGAGAGAGCAUCAGCGCCGUGCUGUACCUCGAGUGCUCGGCGCGGCUCCGCGAGAACGUGGAGGAUGUGUUCCGCGAGGUCGCGCGCGUGGGCCUGGGCGCGCUCCACAGGACGCGGACGCGGCGGCGCCGGCAGCGGCAGUGCGCGCUGCUCUGACCGGCUGGCGGCGUCCAGGCCCAGAGCGACGCGGACCACGCUGACCACGCUGGACCUCGUCCCGCCGGUGGCCUGAACUGACCUCGGGGCCGGCCCCACCCCCGCCGCCCGCCCUCUGCCUCCCAGGGGGGCCCUGGGAGGGCCAAGCCAGGCACCCCGCCUGGCCGGCAGAGAUAGCACGGCCACUGUGCCCGCUUCCUGCCCCGCGCGCGGCGGGGGCUGCGGCUAUCGGGCGGCACAGGCGCCUGCCGGCCACGCGACUCCUGACCCCACAGCGGCCAGAGCCGGCUGGGACCUGCAGAGGGAUGGUCUGGUCCUUGGGCACCAGCGACGCGCCUCACCCCGGGAAGGGGCUGGGGCCAGGGGCUCGGCCUGAGGGCCCAGCUCUGGCCCCUGCACCUCUGGAGGCCGGGCAGGCCCCGCCCCUCGACCCAGCUUGGAAGCCCCACCCCAGCGGGAGGCCGGACCAGGCGUGGGCCCUCUCGGCUGGGCUGCACCCUUGCAGCCCCUCGCUGCCCGCCUGGGUAAAUAAAGUCACCAAACAGCC